AUGGACUCGCUGCGCGCCCUCGCCGCGUCGCUGCACGCGCUGCCCGGCUCGGCGAUCCUGCUGCGCUACGUGCGCAGCUCGUACCAGGACGACCCCUUCCGCAGCCUCCUCGAGCUGCUCCUCUUUGCCUUUGCCCUGCGCACCCUGCUCCAGAGCCGCACAAAGGGCAACCAGAGCGGCACAAACUUCGUGCGCCUCGCCGAGCGUGAGAUCGACGACCUCGUCGCCGACUUUGCGCCCGAGCCGCUCGCGGCGCCGCUCUCGGCGCUGGAGCAGCACGAGCUGGCCGUCGUGCCGACGAUCCACGGCGGCCUCUCGCCGCGCCCGCGCAUCUCGCUGCCCGGCAGCCCGGACAAGACGCGCGAGGUGCUCAAUCUCGCCUCGUACAACUUUGCCGACCUGGCCGGCAGCAAGGAGGUCGAGGAGGCGGCCAUCCGCACGCUGCGCGAGUACGGCGUCGGCAGCUGCUCGCCGCCCGGCUUCUACGGCACGAUUGACGUGCACAUGCAGCUCGAGGCCGACAUUGCGCGCUUUAUCGGCGUCGACAACGCCAUCAUCUACGCACAGGGCUUCUCGACGAUCUCGUCGGUGAUUCCCGCAUUCUGCAAGCGCGGCGACAUCAUCGUCGCCGACAAGGGCGUCAACUUUGCGAUCCAGAAGGGCAUCCAGGUCUCGCGGUCGCUCGUGCGCUGGUACGACCACAACUCGCUCAGCUCGCUCGAGGCCGUGCUGGCCGACAUCACCAAGGACGACCGGCGCCGGCGCCGCCCGCUCACGCGCCGCUUCAUCAUCACCGAGGGCAUGUUCGAGGGCGACGGCGCCGCCGUGGACCUCAAGGCCAUCUGCGAGCUGAAGCACAAGUACAAGUUCCGCCUCAUCCUCGACGAGAGCAUCUCGUUUGGCACUGUCGGCAAGACGGGCCGCGGCAUGAGCGAGCUGUGCGGUGUGCCGCCCAAGGAGAUCGACAUCCUCGUCGGCAGCAUGGCCAACACGCUCGGCAGCGCCGGCGGCUUCUGUGCUGGCACAGAAGAGGUCGUCUUCCACCAGCGCAUCAACGGCACUGCGUUUGUCUUCUCAGCGGCGCUGCCGGCCAUGCUCGCCGUUGCGUCGAGCACAGCUAUCAAGCGCCUGAUGUCUGCGCCGACGAUUCUCUCGACUCUGCGCGACAACAUCCAGGCCGUGCACGCGGUGCUGGACCCGAUCGAGAGCAUCCUCGUCACCUCGGACACACACUCGCCGCUCAUCCACUUCCAGGUGCGCUCCAACGCCGAGCCACAUCCCGCCGGGCCGGCAGGCAAGGCGACGCUGGCGCCGCCGACGCCGCUCGUGCUCGGGCACGACCUCUCGGCGGCCGAGCAGUCGCGCCUGCUGCAGCUCAUCGUCGACGACGCGCUCGAGCACGGCGUGCUGCUCGUGCGCCACAAGACGCUGCCCUCCAUCAACGCCAAGGCGCUCGAGUCGGGUGUGCACGCGCGGCCAUCGGUGCGCAUCGCCGUCAGCGCCGGCCUGAGCCGGAAAGAGAUGGAGAAGGCCGCCGCCGUCGUCAAGGCGAGCAUCGUGCGCGUGCUCGGCAAGCGGCGGUGAGCCCGUUGGGGCAGGGCACGCGCGGCGAAUGCAUGACUGCAUGUGUCCGAUUAGAUCUAGCAAUGAGUGUCCGGG